AUGUCCUCGGUGCUUCGGCGACUCCAUGGCGUCUUCACCAGACGCCCCAGACUACCCCGCGUAGACCUCGGCAAACAAUGCGACCUCCGGAAACUGGUCACCCAGUUCAAGCGACUCUCCGAGUCGACCGAGUUUCGUCGUAGACGUGUCCUGUACGAGAAGACCGUCCAACGCCUAGCCAAGCACCGGCAGUUCGCCUUGAUCGAAGACCUCCUCGAAGACCAGAAGCAGUACGUGGCGAGUUCCACCGACAAAUUUGCGGUCCAUUUGACAAGUCUUUAUAGGAAAGCGGGCAUGUUCGAGCAUGCCCAGAAGCUGUUUGACCAACUGCCUAGCCUAAAGAGGGACCGCUCCCUGCUGCACCUGAAUGCCCUGUUGGCGGCCUCUAUUUGUUCCAAGUAUCUCGAUAAGGUCGAUGAGAUUUUCCAGAAGCUUAAGACUAUGGAUGCGUUCCGUUCGGUUCAGUUUUGGAUAUGA